GUCGGACGCCGGAAGUGACUCUCCGCCCCGGUCAGUGGGCCAUGGAGAAGGUGGCACAGUAGCGUCUGAGUUGUGAGCAUUGCGGGGCCGGCGGCCAUGGAGGCCGUGCUGAACGAGUUGGUGUCUGUGGAGGACCUGCUGAAGUUUGAAAGGAAAUUUCAGUCUGAGAAGGCAGCAGGCUCAGUGUCCAAGAGCACGCAGUUUGAAUAUGCCUGGUGCCUGGUGCGAAGCAAAUACAACGAUGACAUCCGUAAAGGCCUUGCUCUGCUGGAGGGUGAGGUGCUAGGCUGGCUCCCCAGCUCUCCCCUUCCCAACUGCCAUCGUCCUCAACCACCGUUGGCCUGGUUCACUCCCUCCAUCUCAAGUUCGGGGAUCCUUUUUCAACAUGGGACCUCAUAGUGCAGUCACCUCGCAGUUAUUUACCAGUAAACGCACUGCAAAAUAAGGGCUAUACUUAGCCUGACUUCUCCCACUGUGCUUUUGGCUACUUGCCACCUCAUCGAUGGUUGUUUUGCCAGACAGAGUCAUAGCAUGUCGGUCCCCACAGGACUUUGGUGAUCCCGUAGUCUAGACAUAAGGAAAGUGGCUUGUCUCGGGUCACACAGCUGGUUGAUUUAUGGCUGAAUUGGGACUAGAAGCUCCUGCUUGUGUGUCCCAGUCCCAUGCUCUUUGCCCCCCACCCCCACCGUGUUGCUUAUUUAGCAGCUGUUGUUGAAAACCUUUUGGGGGGGCGGUGUGGAAGAAGUACAGAAGACGGUUCCCAAAACCUGUGAGCACAUGGUGCUUUUUUGAUCAGAAUCCUAUUUCCUGCUGGUUUUGGAUGGGUCACCAUUUGUCAGAGGCCACAAUACUUGACCUUUAAAUUUCUCUGUACCCCCUUUCUCUUGGUCAAGUAAUGGUGUAUAAGCAAUCACUGUACUAGCCAAGGAUGCCUGUUGUAAAUCCAUAAAAGUAAGACUCUUCCUUAAUGCAAAUCAUCGCCGCCUCCAUUUGUCUAUUUCUCAGGUUUCCUCUACAGCAGGGCACAGCUGUAGAAUUGGUCUCUAAACAUGGCCAGUCUAGUUGAGGAGGCAGUACAGACACUUGGGAAGAUGUGUAAACACCUGCAAAACCACUUAGCAGCAAAUUCUAAUGCAGAGUACAACUGAACACAUGAGCCUCUGGGAAGUCACUGAACUAAGAAAGUCAGGUGGGGUCUUUCAGGGAGGGGUAACUGAAGGUGAGUUUGGAGCUGUUUUUUUAACGGGGGAAGGAGUGCAAACUGGUUUUGAACACUAUUCUGGUCAGCAAGCGGCUGUAGUUAAAAUACACAGCAGAUGCCACAGCUGAGUAGAGAUGCCUUUUGGCUUCUCCGGUGCCUUGAUUUCCUUUCAGUUCACUUGGAUGAACCAAAGCUGACUGUAGUGUUGAUACCGGGGUGUGGAUCACUGGGGCAUUGGGGCAGCUGGGGUUCAUGCUGCCCCAGAGCUCUGGCUGGGAAGCCCGGAGUGACCGGAGCUGAAAUGGAGGCUCAGGACAGUGACUUUCUCCCAGGAUCUUAUAGGUAUUCAGGGAGUGGAGGGGGCCUCUGGGACACAGGCACUAGGAAGGGAGAGAAGGGGUUUUUACCCUCUUCCCUCCCUCCCUCCCUAGAGCUGCUGCCCAAAGGGAGCAAAGAGGAGCAGCGGGAUUAUGUCUUCUACCUGGCCGUGGGGAACUACCGGCUCAAGGAAUAUGAAAAGGCCCUGAAGUACGUGCGGGGGCUGCUGCAGACAGAGCCGCAGAACAGCCAGGCCAAGGAACUGGAGCGGCUCAUCGACAAGGCCAUGAAGAAAGAUGGUCUAGUGGGCAUGGCCAUUGUUGGAGGCAUGGCCCUGGGCGUGGCGGGACUGGCUGGGCUCAUCGGACUUGCUGUAUCCAAGUCCAAAUCCUGAACGAGACGGCAUCUCUGCCUCUGCGUGGGGGUGCGUGGGAGCCCGUGGAGGACACUGGAAGAGAGGCCCACCCAUCCUCGCCGUCCCUUUCUUCUUCUGCACCUGUCACUGUCCUCUGUGACCUUCAACCUCCUCUCCCCUGGGACCUGUCCCCUAGCCCCAAAUCAUGUGUUUUGGGAUGAGUGUAAAUAAAAUUGGGCUUUGGCUUGGGAA